AAGAUCGUUUACAAACGAUUCCUGAAAUAUGUCGACCGUCGACAGUUCCUAUGGACAUCCAUUGACCGUUUGAUGGUCGUUCUGCAAAGUAGGGUUAGGGUUAGGUUUAAUUACAAUUGAUCUUUGUACCACAUAAUCGGCUCUGUUGCGGGCGUCCUCGCGGUCUGCGGCAUUUAAAAGAGGAUCCCACUUGGAUCGCUGGACGAGAACAAGACAUUUGUUGCCACCAACUACGACAGUUGUCUGGCAGAUCAACAACCGUCUGCCGUUCUACCUGUUGUGUGAUCGGCAGACCAACCUAUCUUUCUGUUGACGUGCUCUUGUUCCACUUUAGGAUUUUGACCCACACUGUUGUUUUGCGAAUACAGCCGCAAUUGCAGGGGUUCAGCCCAAUAUGUCGUUUCAAGGCUAUGGGCAGGGAAGUCAAGGAUUUCCUUCACAGCCGGGAGGCGGGUGGGGACAGCCUUCCCAACAGGGUUUGGGUGCCGGCAUGUUCCCUGGACAACCAAUGGGAUACCAAGCGCCCAAUUUCCAGGCAGCGGCAGGGUCAGGCAUUGGAACGGAACUAGCUGCACAAGUAUCCCUACCAUUUAUCGAGCAUUCUGAUCUGGCCAACUAUGAGAACCUAUUCAAGCAAGCGAAUCCGUCCUCGACAGGACAUAUUGCGGCUCCCGCGGCCCGCAAUAUCCUGGUGCAAUCCGGCCUUCCUAACGAGAUUCUAGCUCGCAUAUGGUCUCUAUCAGCGGUUUCCACAAGUACAUCCCUGAAUUUUGCGGAAUUUUGUCUUGCAAUGCACUUGGCAAAGCUGGGGAGGAAUGGCACGAUGCCCCCGCCUCAGCUACCUGAUACUGUUCGACAGCAAUUGAUGGCAUCUACCGCGAACCUAACACGCGCUGCCCAAGGUGCGGCUUCAGGUGGUGGAGGAUUGAGCGCACCUCUUGGGAGCUAUACGGGGAGCGCGGGAGUCACUACCAACUUGACAGGUGGUCAUGGAAGUACGGGAUACUUGACGCCCACUUCGACUGGGAACGCCUCUUUUUCCGGUGUCCCAAGGAAUUCCACAACUGGAAUGUCGCGUUCUUCCUCGUUCCAAGGCGUUCCAAGUGGAGUAACGGUGAUGGAUGGCUUUGCUGGUCCGCUGGUUGCGCAGGCGCCCAUCCAGUCCCAGUCGUCACAGGGACAGAGACAAAAAUGGGCUGUCGAUCCUGCAGAAAAGGCACAAUAUGAUGCCAUAUUCAAAGUCUGGGAUCCGCAGAAUUCUGGAUUCAUAUCGGGAGACCGAGCACGAAACAUUUUUACACAAUCGGGGCUGCCUGACGGCGUUCUUGCGCAUAUAUGGACACUUGCUGACAUACAAAAGAACGGAAAAUUAAACGCCGACGAAUUUGCUGUUGCGAUGCAUCUUGUGUACCAAAAGCUAAACGGGCGUGAUUUGCCGGCAACACUUCCUCCAGAAUUGAUUCCACCAUCCACUCGCGAUCUUGAUUCGCUCACCAAUCUGGCUAAAACGCAGAUUAUGAGCGAUAUCGUGAAUAAGAAAACCAAUCCUCUACAGCGAAGCCCUUUCGGAUCAUCAUCAAACUUGUUCGGUAUUGCGGAUCCUCUGGGGUCUUUUGGAUCCACAUCUCCAAAUCUCAGCGAUCGUCGAAAAUUGCAAGAACAAAGAGACCAAGAAGAAGCCAAGAGGAAGACCAUUGUAGAGAAGUUGGAAACCAAGAAGCGAGAGUUGGCAGAACUCAGGCAGAAGACUGCUGAUACGAAUAAAAGUGCAACGCAAAUUCAACUGGACAUCGACCGGUUGCAUCGCGACGCUAGAGAAGGGCAUAGUGACGUCAAGUACACGACGACCACCAAGGAAUCACUAUUGGAGCAGUUACAGAGUCGAUCGGGCUCGGGUAGCCGAGGGGGUGCUGAGACAAUUGACCAAGCCAUGAACAUGGAGAAGGAGAUCCGUAAUUUACUGGAUGACUGUAGAGCCUUUCAUAACAAAUAUGCUGAUCAAAAAAUUCAAAAGCUUCGUGGUGCGAGCGGAGCGCAAAGUGGUAGUGGGACGUCGGUACCGGGUGGAAUCUCGACUCUGCUGCCGAAUACCGGAUCUUCGGAUCCCGUCCAAAGCAAGGCAGCCGCCCUGUUGGCAGCCAGAAUGGCAGCCUUGGGUGUCAGCGGACCUUCACCCUCUCCUCUGUCUUCUUCCCCCUCUGAAAAGUCCUCUAGCAAUUCAGGUGCUGUACAAGCCGAAAUUGCCAAGGUAGAAGAAGAGAGAAGGAGGAGACUCAAGGAGCUCGACGAUGCAAGCGAUCGGGUACGUUCGAUAAUGGAACAGGUCCGCUCGUCAGCUCCUAGCAAUGCGUCAUCACUCAAUAUACCGCGCAUCUGGAAUCCACCGGUGGAAGAAAAGUUGAAAUUCGAGCAGGGAGUCGGUUUAAAGAGCAAGACAGUGCGGAAGGUCAUUGAAGACCUUGACAGACAGGGUGGCUAUGCAACAUCAACAUCAUCAUGGGCAUCGAGUAAUACGCAACCUUUAUCCGCACCGAGAGAUUCGGAUGCCCCUGCUCGGAAGCCCUCUCUUUCUAGCAGUGCUAUUUCGACGUCCUUCCCCAGCGUACCAUCCGUGCCACGUGCAGGCGUUCCAGACCGAAAAACUGACUCGACACCAACUAGCGCUCUCAAGUCUCCAGAUCCUUGGACACCUGCUCCACCGGUCCCAGCGAGAGAACCCCCUGCGCUAAGCUUUCUUUCGAACCUGAGUUCCUCGUCAGCACCAUUGAAUGGUGGCAAUCAUUCACCGGUUGCAGGUCCUUCGCUGCCAUCGCCCACCUCGGCAGCAGUCAAUGAUGUAGUGGCGCAGGCAGAAGCUGCCAUCCGUGCUGCCAAAGAGCGACAGGCAAAACGACUAGCUGGUGCGGGAACACCAACAACUCCUGGUACACCUACAGGAGCAGGAAGUGGGAAUCCAUUUGGUGCAAGCAGUACUUCUGCUGGAACUAUCCCCGCGACAACGACUGGCAGUGAAUCUACCGCAUUCAACGCGUUUUCAAACACGUCAUUUGGCGCGCCAAAGCCGGCAGAGGAGGACGAUGAAGUGAGCAAGGCUAUGCAACGCUUGCGCGAACAGGAACAGCAGCUGCUUGGGGAGAAUUUUCGUUUGGGGGCAGGUAACGUCGGUGCGUCCGUUCCUGCCCCUACCGUGAAUAACCGUAGUCAGGAAAACCAUCCGUCGACGGUUACACAAGGCGUACUUGCCGCUAUGGAGAAAAUCCGGCAACGAGAAAAGGAGGUCUUGGCUGAGCAACAGCGGAUCAUGCAAGAAGACCGGGAGCGAAAGGAGAAACUGCCGGCUCCUCGCAAGUCCAUUAGUGGCACAUCGGCUCAGAUGCCGGAUCGAUCAGUAUCAUCUGGAUCCGGGAGUAGUUUUCCUCGUUCUCCAUUGGGUAUAUCAAAGGACGCUUUCCAAUCGGCGCCCUCGAAAAAGGAGCAAGGAAUUACUCCGCCUUCAAAUGCAGGAAACGAUCAAAGCGAGCCUAGGACGCUGAGCCCCCCCCUCGCACCAGCAAUAAGUGUCCAAGAGCCCCCAGAACAGGACGGGUCCCUGCCUAAAGUCGGUGGUCCGCCUCCACCUCCACCACCUCCUCCACCGGGUGAAGUAAAGCCGGUUAAAAAGUAUGUUCGGGGCACUGCGUCUCCAACAAGUUCUGGGGAGUCAACGCCCAAACGAAAGCCCACACUUGCAGACGUAGGUGCUCGUGUACCAGCCUUAUUCGCAGCAGGUGCCGCUCCAGUUCAGAGUAUUGGUAAAGUGUCGGAUCGGAUCAAGAAUCUCCAAGGUGGAAUGGCACACAUCUUUGGUGCACCCGUCGCCAUUGGUCAGCAAGAAGAUACCCUCGAGCAUAGUUCUCACCUGUCCCCUACCCAAGCAGAAGGGACUAGCAGUGGACUGGAAAGCGACUGGGAGGUGGUUAGCAAGGAAGAUACAAAGAAUCACGAACAACUGUCAAAGGAUCCUACUUUGAACGUGGGCUUUACCACGAAGGGAGGGUUUCUUGAUAUCGGUGCGUCGGGAGCUUUAGGUCGCGCUGUGAGUAUAGGGGAUGUGUUUUCCGACAAGUUUGCCUCCAGCCCUCUUCACCCUGAUCCAGUCGUCAUCAGCCCCAUUACAAUUACGCCAGCUGACGCUGGAUCCAUUUUGUACAAAGCACGAGCAGCCUAUGCGUAUGAAGGAGGAGCCGAUGAUCUUCGAUUGGAUGUUGGGGACGUGGUUCAGGUGGAACAAGAGCAAGGAGAGUGGCUCUACGGCCGUGUAGAUGGGAGAGCCGGGUGGUUCCCAAAGACCUAUGUAGAUGUUAUUGCUGAGGAUAGUGUUGUGGAUACAGCUCGUGCACCUACUCCUGCGCUCUUGUCCUCGCGUUUCAUUUCACGUGGAACAGCUCUGUGGGAUUAUACGGCGUUACAAUCUGAUGAAGUGGAUCUUGUUGCUGGUGAAACUGUUGGCAUUUUGGAAAAGCCCGAACAAGAAUGGUGGAAGGUGGAAAACAGUCGUGGAGAGGCUGGCCUUGUACCGUCCAACUACUUGCAAGAAGCUCCGGACGAGGAUGGGAUACAGCUGGACGAUACCAGUACAGCGCCAGCAGGCGCUAGCGGUGGAACCGCAAGAAGUUCGGCAACAGAACUUUUCGGGAAACCAAUCGAAAGUCGUGCAUCGUCCGUCAAUAGUUCAUUUUACGAGUCCGCUAGCGAUGCUGGUGCUGGACAUGCAACCCCUCCUCUUCCUCCUAAAAAUAAGGUCCAUGUUAUGCCCCGGUCGAGCUCGUUAAACAUCCAUUCGCUAGCCGCUUACGGUGAGGAUGAGGGUAGCGAAGGCCGGCCUUCUAUUGGGUUGUCCUCUCGAGAAAGCAACUUUGAGGAUGAAGGGGACCGUCACGUCCUUAGAAGCGGGAUACCAAAGAGUACUAGUUUUGCGGUGCAACCGUCACAGGCAUCUACAGCAUGGGCCACUAAAGUAGACCCCUAUCGCCUUCAAACCAUUGCUCCAGAUGAACGCAAACGUCAGGAAGCCAUCUAUGAACUGAUCGCAACUGAACAGACGUAUGUCAGAGACUUGGAAUUGAUUUACCAGACGUUCUAUGGACCAAUGUCUCAAAUUCUACCCCACGGUGACUUGGAAGCUGUCUUUUCCAACAUUGAGGAUAUCAAGAUGGUCAACGCCGUGAUUCUAUCGGAUCUCGAAGCGGUGCAACAGGAACACGACUUUGUGAUCGAAGCCAUUGGCGACGUAUUCUGUAAGCAUGCCGACUCUCUGUCAGUGUACCAGACCUAUUGUGGAAACUUUGGCAAUGCUCUCAAAGUCCUACAAAAGCAGAGAUCUGAGAACCCCCGGGUGGCCGAGUAUUUGAAGCGACAACAAACGUCAAAUCCACUCUGUCGGUCGCUGGAUUUGUCAUCCUUCCUGCUCCAACCAAUGCAACGAAUAACACGAUAUUCCCUUUUGUUAAAGCAAAUCUUGCAUCAUACGUCCAAGACGCAUCCAGAUCAUGAAAGUGUUGUCCGAGCUUUAGCCAUGAGUGAGAAGGCCGCCGAGAUGGUGAAUACGGCUGCGAGAGAGCGGGAAAGUCGAGAGAAAUUGGAGGAGGUUAUGAAGAUUUUGGAUUUAACCUGUGAUGAGGAACACCGGCUCGAUCUUUCUGCUCCAACACGUGUGUUGGGCCCUCGGAUUUUUGUUCAUGAGGGACCGUUGAUGAAAAGCAAAAGCGGGCGGAAGCUGCAUGCGUAUCUGUUUAACGAUGUAUUGCUAUUAGCGCAGCCAAAAGGGAAGCAGGACCGAAACGCCCGAGGGUAUCAGUUUGCACUUUACAGAAAGCCGAUGCCUCUCAACGAAAUUGCCGUACGAGAUUUGCCCAAGUUGGCAGGAAGGGACCACGGGGCUGUCGACGAGACCUGUUUCCAGGUCAUUCAUGGCCAAGAUGCCGUCACCGUGCGAGCACCAUCAGUGGCAGCAAAGAGAAAAUGGGUGAACACGCUGGAAGAGCAGAGUCGGCAUUACUACAUGGCUGAGAAGCAGCAAGCAGAAGGUUCUUGGAAGGGAGGGAGAUUCACCUAUGGAACGCCCAUUGGGACUUUACAAGUGAUGGUCGCCGAAGCGAAAAAUUUGGUUCGAGUUGAUAGAGGGCACAAGCUUGACCUGUUUUGUCGGGUGCAGUUAAAUCGUCAGCAAGUAAAAACCCGAACGGUUCACUCUGUUGCACCGCGAUGGAAUCAAGCCUUGGUCUUUUCAGUCCUCAGUUUGGAUGAAACCCUGAAAAUCUCUGUAUAUAACUACGACCGAUAUUCACAAGAUGAUUAUCUUGGGCAGGCAGAACUUGCGCUAGAUUUCCUUGAAUACUAUGGAGAGAAAGAGACGGAGCCCAUUACACUGGGACUCCGAGACGUUGCCAGUGGAUCUGUGGUCAUUCGGCUAAUGUACCGAAAGACAUAGGAUAGUUUUAUAACCAAGUUUUGUAUUUUUUGGGGAGAACGGAAAUGAGCAACCGCAAUGAGUUUUCAAAGCA